AAGGAUGACCGCUCUCGUUUCUGGGCAUUAUACAAAAGAGUUGCUGAGGAACACGACGACGAGUUCCUUGAGCGAUACAACGGCGACAUGGACAUCGUGUUAAUUUUCUCUGGUCUGUUCUCUGCCGUCAGCACGGCUUUUAUUGUGGCCAUGGAGUCGAAUCUCAGUCCAGACCCCAACGAUACCACGCAUGCCUUUCUCACCCAGCUCGUCCAAAUCGGACUCGGCAAUUUCACUGCAGCGGGGUCUACGCCGGCAGCGCCAGCGUCAACCUGGUCACCGCCUACAGCCAUUAUAAGGAUCCAAUGCAUCGCCUACGCAAGCUUGUCCUUCAGCUUACUCGCUGCCUUCGGGGCCGUGCUAGGCAAGCAGUGG